AUGACUGUCGUUAAAGAUGCCCGCCGCCCGGAGCCGGUCAACGUUGCCGACGUGCACAAGAUCGCAAAGGAGAAGCUCUCCAAGCCGGUGUGGGACUACUACCAGACCGGCGCCGACGAUGAGUACACGCUCGAGCGCAACCACGCCGCUUACAACGACAUCCUUCUCCGACCUCAGAUGCUGCGCAACGUGAGCAACAUCGACACCAGCACCACCAUCUUCGGCAAACGGUACGACAUCCCCAUCGCCGUCGCCCCGAGCGCGUACCAGAAGCUCGUCGGCGGCGAGGGCGAGCUCGACGUCGCCCGCGCCGCCGCCAACCUCGGCACGAACCUUACUCUCUCGACCAACGCGACCACGUCCCUCGAGGACGUCGCGCGGGCGAUUCCCGAACGCGGGCCCGACCGCCCGCGGCCGUGGUUCCAGCUCUACUUCCUCGGCAACCGGGACCUCACGGCGAAGCUGAUCCGCCGCGCCGAGGACGCCGGCUACGAGGCGCUCGUGCUGACCGUUGACACCGUGAUCCUGGGCAACCGCCUGCAGGAGCGGCGGACGCCGCUCGAGCUGCCGCCGGGCGUCGCCAUGGCCAACGUCGAGUCGCGCAGGUCCGGCGCCAUCUCGACCGCCGGCAUGCUCCUGCGGGCCAAGACGGCCGCCGAGCACCGGAGGAUCCAGGAGGAGAACCGCGACCACCUGGUCGACGCCAGCCUCGAGUGGCACGAGGUCAUCCCCUGGCUGCGGUCGCAGACCAAGAUGAAGAUCGUCCUCAAGGGCAUCCUGACGGCCGAGGACGCCCAGCGGUCCGUCGAGGCCGGCGUCGACGCCAUCGUCGUCUCGAACCACGGCGGCCGCCAGCUCGACGGCGUGCCCUCGACCAUCGAGGCCCUGCCCGAGAUCGCCGACGUCGUGAGGGGCAGGAUCCCCGUCAUCGUCGACGGCGGCAUCACCCGCGGCACCGACGUCUUCAAGGCCCUCGCCCUCGGCGCCGACCUGUGCCUCAUCGGGCGGACGGCCCUGUGGGGGCUCGCCUGGGACGGCCAGAAGGGUGUCGAGGGCGUGCUGAACAUCCUCGAGAGGGAGCUGGCGCGGGCCAUGGCCCUGAUGGGCGUGGCGAGCCUGAAGGACAUCUCGAGGGGGCUGCUUGGCCGGGCCAGGCAGAACGGGUUCGGCGUUGCGAAGCUGUAG